AUGCGAUGUAGUUGCGCUUUUCUUGAUAAGUCCGUGUUUGCGGCGAAGCGGCGUGUAAUUGUGCCUAUCCACCCGACACCGAACUUUCCUGCACAUUUCAUCAAAUCAGCCUUCACAACAGACCCGUUGAAGGAAAAGCAGAAGGCGCGUUUUUCCUCCGGUGGUGAGGCCAUGCGUGAGGUUCAGGAUAUUCCCAAGAACCUCGAGGGUGAGCGAUCAAGGCGGGACCUGGCCAGUCGCGGCGACACCGAGUUCCAAGCUCUUGUGGAAUUCAUAGAAGGUGCUUCAUACGAUCAACUUAUCUCGGGGCGACGGUUUAAAAAGGUAUAUGACGUUUUAUCGGAAAAUGAUGACAUGUUCAUUUGGUUGUGUCACACGGCAAUGUCUGUCCUGAACCCAGGCGACAUGCGGUCUCGCUUGAUAUAUAACCAUCUGCGCAUACUGGCAGAAUCUGUCGCAAGUGGUGAGAUGACUCAACGGACGGCGUUUCGCUUCUUUGAAUCGGCAGUGCGCAGCCCAGCUUACCGUGAAAUCGCAAAGCGGCAGCUCGAAGGUGGAGCGGCAACGCGACUCGCUGGCAUUUCUGCAGCAGCAGACGUGAUGCGACGAAUGGGUCUUACACGGCGGCCUAUGUCAUCAUACUUUGAGUUGUAUCAGCGGAUUGUGGAGCGCUCCGAAGCCAUGACACCGUGGGGAUUUCCUCCAUUGUUUCAAUUUGAGGAGCGACUGUCGCUGGAGCCGCGGUUAAAGUUUUUCUCCCGUGCAUCGCAACAAUCACUUGAGCGGCGGCGGCGGGGGCAUGUGAUGACACCACACACAGCACUUCACGGGCGACGCAUAUUCUGGAUUCCACCCACGUGGAAUCGUGCCGGUCGGUUCCUUGGCCCCCAUGUGACACUUUACCCGGGAAUGACUCCAGAUUGA